AUGGCACAACCACCACCCCCCGGCGUCUACGUCCCCGUCCCCACCUUCUUCCUCCCGCGCUCCUCACCCUAUUACUCUCGAAUCGCAUCACCUCUAGAUACAGAAAUCCAAGCAGCGCACUCAAUCCAUCUCGCUCGCUCAGGUAUCAAGGGAUUGGUGGUGCUAGGGAGUACCGGCGAAGCGGUACAUCUUUCUAAUUCGGAGAGAUAUACGGUUUUGAGAGGGUGUAGAGAUGCGUUGGAUAAAAAAGGUUUUUGGAAUGUAAGAGUUAUUGCGGGGACGGCGAGUCAGAAUAUUGAGGAAGUGGUGGAGCAGUUGGGAGAGGCGAAGAAGGCGGGUAGUGGAUGGGGACUGGUGCUUGUGCCCGGGUAUUUUGCGGGGGCUAGUACGCAGGAGGGGAUUGUGGAGUGGUUCAGAGCAGUAGCAGAUCAAAGUCCAAUCCCAAUCAUGGUAUACCAUUACCCAGGCGUCUCCAAUUCCGUCCACGUCACUCCUCAAACUUUCACAACUCUCGCUGCACACCCUAAUAUCGUUGGUUGUAAGCUCUCUCAUGGGGAUAUAUCAUAUCAUGCGCAAAUAGCACUUUCUCCUCAUAUCGAUCAUUCGCAUUUCCAUACCUUUACUGGAUUGGGACAGCAAUUAUUGCCGGCGAUAAGUAUUGGGUGUCAGGGGACUAUUGAUGGUAGUGCUGGUUUCUUCCCAAAGAGUGUGGUGAGACUUUAUGCAUUGAGUGUUAAGGAAAACUUGACGGAAGAGGAGAGAAAGGAACGAGGAUUGCUGCAGUGGAAGUUGAGCGGAGUAGAGGAGAUUGUGGUGAAGUAUGGAACGGUGGGGAUUAAAGAGUGUAUAUCUAGAAUACUGAGGAUGGGAGAGAAGGAUGGGACGAGGUUACCGCUAGCUGGAGGAAUUCCUGGAAGAGAUGCCGAGUGGGAGAAGUGGAAGGGGGUUAUUGGGGAGUUGGAACAAGUUGAAAAUAGUCUUUAG